UUAAUAUAGGAUUUGAUGCUUGGAGAAGUGUCGACAUUCAAAGAAAACAUUACUACUACAUGAUUUCGUAUUUGCGCCUAACGUCGAAAAUCAAAAGCAUCUCGACAGGAUAAGCAGGCGUAUUUGUAAACAGCUAAAACUCGUUGGUCUUUUGAAGCAGACGAUAGAUUGCCUUAUGGCGGUUAUGAAUCCACUGCUAGUCGGAACCGCCAUUCUCUAUGGGCAGCCGUUAGAACUAGAGUAGAAGUGGCAUUUAUCGAUGAAUUUGGUGCCUAAAAUUGUGUAACAAAUAUAUGUGUUUGCUUGAUGAAUUAUAUAUUAGGAUAUAAGACAAUUACUUUGUAAAGGUUGUGAAUCGGAUCUAGCCUUGCGAUACUGAGUAUGGGAAAACGACCUCCCAGUAGGGAAAUCCGUCAGCCUUCGAAAAUGUUACAGAAACGUCGCCAUAGCUGGAGACCACCACAGCAAACGAAAUCUACGAGGGGCGAUGUUUGCGUUGCAAGAAGGUGCCGCAAGGUGGCAGCUCGCCUAGAAAAGUACCGGAUCUUGAACGCUGAGUUAACCCAAGAAGUCGCUACGUUGAGAACUUCUGAUCGAUGCAAUCGAGAGUUUCAGAUAAUGUUCGAUAGAUUCACUUUAAAAUUUGCCCAAAGUGUUCCUCGUGUGCAGGUACUGAAGAAACGUCUUGAAGAGUCUUACGACACACUCCAGGAGCUGGAGGAAAUGAUUAACUGCUUUUCAAAUGCGGACAGACUUCGGUCGUUCUUACUUGGUGAAGAAAGUUUUAACUUUGGCGUGACGGGAACUGUUAACAGUGAGCCGACGAGAAGCCCACUUAUAAAAGAGCCUCCACCUAGAGAACAUCGUCGGUUUGAUGAAAAUGGAGAGAUGGACACAAUUAUUGAGGAAUACGAAAAUAGUUCUACAGCAAGCCUAAGCAUUGCAACAAAAGAAGUGAACUCUAGAAUAAACGGCUUUGAGAGCGAAACCGAAGCUGAGGAGUCAGUGAUCUCCCUCCCACCACAGGCCUCAAUCAAUUGUGGGAAAGAAACGUCAAAGUUCAUCGCGCAAAACAUGGAAAGCGAACCAAAUCAUAAGAACUUGCAAACACAGAGUAUGAAAGAAGUAACUACGAGAGGUACAAACCGAUGUGUUACAACCACGCAUGAUGGAAGUCGAAGAAAUUCAUUUCAGUUGACCGAGCCACCCUUAUUAGAUAAUUCAAGAAGAAGUGCGCGUAGAAGUUUUGCCAGGGCGGAAAAGGAUAAACCGGCGAAGACGUCAAGUCGGCAUAAACAGUCCGCGUCCUCCAUUGUACUCAAAGAAAAGCUUCGACUAGAAGAAACGUUUGAAGAUGAGUCUGGGCCUCUCUUCAAGACAUCUAUUCCUUUAGACACAUCUAUUGCUACCCAAAUCUUUCCUGGCCCAAAACACGCGCGGAGUAAGACAUUGCUUGGUGAAAGUCCGCCUAGUACAACUGUAAUAAACAACACUAUUCCGGUUGCUGGAAAAUCGGACGAAGAUUUUUCACAAUGUGCAGAUUCGACGAGCUUCCUAUCAGAAUCCCCAGGCCCGACAGCCGCUUUUCAAGACGAAAUUGCUGCGGAACGUUCACCCACAGCAAUUAAUGUCGCUCAAAUAUGGGCAGAAGCACGCGCAGGUCUGCCACCUGCAGAAAGGUCACCUACGUGCACAGGUGUAGGUGCUGCGUGGCUCGAAGCUUUACAAUCUGUGCACUCGCCCUCAAAUAUCGAAGACGGUUCAUUUCUUGCACCUUUAGCUACGACUAUGGUCGUUUCUAAAAAGCCUCCUUUAUUUACCGAAUAUGGCAACAAGAUCUUAACAACUGAUCCUUGUAAGUCAAACUCCCAAACAAUGAUUUCUCCGGUAAAUAGUGCUGAAAGCGCAAUUCCGCGAAGUUCUGAAAGCUCCACUACUCUACUAGUGCUGCCCCGAAACGGCCGUUUGCCUACAAGUACACCAGCAAACUCCAAUAAUAAGUCAAAUGGAGGUGUUGUUAAACCAUCAUCACCAAGAUUGUCGAUCAUAGAACUUCGGCCGCCUUUUGAGCGCGUAGACGAUAAUAAAAUGGAUUUCUUGCAACAGCAAAACGUAGAUCGUAGGCCUAGAAAACGGAAAGCCACUGUACAGCAGCGCUCACCAACAAGGACUAAAGAUCAGCAUGUUACCUCAACAGUUUCCUCCCUAAGCCCAUGGAAAAGCGCAUUGCGAGCUUCGUAUGAGGCACAGAAUAACUUUGGGGGCCAGACCAAUGCCCUAACUAAAAAUGUUCGAUUCAGUAACAUUAAUAAAGUAAAUCCUACGCAGAGACAAAUGGAAGCUGUGGUGUAUUCAUCCCCAUCGGCUCCAGCAGAACCUACAAACCUGAACGUUUCAGAGUUUAGCAACGAGAAAUUCCCUCCCAUUGCAUUAAUAAACUCGCCCUUAAUCAAAGGUUCUCGGGCCACUGCCUCAAAGAGUCGUCGGAAGCAUCGCAUUGCACCAGACUGUGCGAAGGCCAUUUUCGACAACGCCGACAGCAACGACCGAACUAUUAACGAAGAAGCUAAGAACGUCACUAACCGUUCGCGCCGUAUAAAGGAGCACGUUGCAUGUAACGAACUUAGCCCAUCAUCCAUUUCUGGCCUAUCUAGACAGCCAUCAUGUGCCAAAUCUCCGCAGACCAAAAUAACAGAGAAUACGACCAUAUCAGAGAUGAAAAAAACUUUUGCAGAAAAAACUAUUGAGCGAAAUCCCCGGGUAACGUACGUUGUAUCACGCCAAUAUGAUGCUGAUGGACAUCAUACAAAAAUACAAACUGGAAAGCAACAACAGGAACCUAGCCAGGAUUAUAUGGGCGAAAUAAACAACGCUUCAGUUGGGAAUAAUGAAGCCACAGGGGAUUUGCAAACCUGUAUAGCGGAAACCGGCGAGUCGACGGUUGUUGAUAAUACAACUUUUGUCCUCGGAUCACGCAAAAGAAAAGUUGAAUCCCCUGUAGCUAAACGAUCUCGCUGUCAGUUACCAGCGGAUAAUAAUCCUGAAAACGUCGCCGUGAAAACAAGUUGGCCCUCUACACGCAGCGCUUCGCCCACAAAAGGAAACUCACACUCGAAAGAGUGUAAUAUUUCUGCAGAUAACAGUUCCGUUCUACUGUGUCCUGCCCAAGUCAUUCUGACGAGCGAUGCGGAGUCGCGUAGAAACCGCAGCUCCCGCCGCACCUCAGCGAUCGUAAGCUACGUAGAGCCAUCGUUGAGAGUUAAGAUGCGUCGAAACUGAAGAAGGCGUUCUAUUACAUAACGUGACAUGGACAUAAAUGCCAGUAGUCAAAUAGGCUUAUUAUUAAGAUAGACAUUGUUGUGAUGUUCAAAAUGCGAUUUUAUCCGACGCUAAGCAGAGGUAAAGGUGGACAUGUAUAUCUAAUUAAUUUAGGAUUUUGAAACCUGCUGAUAUGAGGAAGCAUGUUGCACCUCUUUCUGUAGGGAAUGUUUGUUCCUUGUUAAAUACAAUGUGCCUGAACCUUUAAGGUGCUUGUAUCAUCACUAGUGACUAAUGAACCAUAGUUAUCCCGGCAUAACAAAAGAAUCAAUAAAUAACAAAAAUUAAUUACGCUCGAAUCCAGGGCAGAGGAAAAUAUACAAAUUUGUAAAGCUAAGGAAAAGCACUUUAUUCCGCAUUACCUAUUGCAUGUACAUUUUUUUCUUUGUUCUCCCUUUCCCACCUAAUAUGACUGGCAGGCUUAACAUGCAUAUUAAAAUGUGCAUGAAGAUAUUAAUAGAGAUAAUCGCUGAAAGCUCUCGAUGCCAAGCUUGUAUUAAAAUGGGCGUGAGAAAUAAACACACGGAAAAAAAAUAGAAAGGUGA